AUGACAAGCCCGAACAAAACAUCCAGUCCAGUGGCAGCAGGGUCGUUGGACCCUGUUCCCAAGAGCUUUCGUAGCGGACAUGCCCCUCGACCAAAUGAUGCCUUUAUCGCCCUGAUGGGUAUAACUGGCUCAGGAAAGAGCUCAUUUAUAUCGAAAUGCACCGACAAGUCUGCUACAAUCGGCCACGACAUGGUAUCAUGCACGUCUUUCGUCGAUGUCUAUCCAUACGAGGUUACAUCCGACUUUACUGUAUAUCUCAUUGACACGCCCGGAUUCGAUGACACUGGGAGAAGUGAUACCGAAGUCCUCAGCGAGAUUGCUGCUUGGCUCACAGACUCUUACAAGCACAAGAUUCGUCUUCACGGCAUAAUCUAUCUCCACCGAAUAUCCGAUGUUCGAAUGCAAGGCUCAGCUAAGAAGAACUUAGUCACAUUCAAAGAGCUAUGCGGUGAAGAUGCGCUGAAAAAGGUGGUCUUGGCGAGUACUAUGUGGGAUAUAGUUCCUGCAGAGAAGGCUGCCAAGCGCGAGCAAGAGCUUAAAGACACUCCGGAAUUCUGGGGCUGGAUGCUCUCAAAGGGCAGUUCGAUUCAUCGAUACAACAACACGGCGGAAUCUGCUAGAGAGAUCAUACUCUCGUUGGCCGGCCACAAUGCGCCUAUAGCCACCGAUCUUCAAAAACAGAUGGUCGACGAAGGGAAGAGUCUGGACGAGACUUCUGCCGGCCAAGGACUCAAGAGCGAGCUUCUAAAAGAGCGACAGAAGUUAACCAAAGAGCGCCAGGACCUUCAAGCACUGAUAAAAGAGGCAAAGAAAGAACACGACGUUGACACGGAAGAGGCUCUACAAGAAGAGAGUGACAGAUACGCAGUCUUGAUAAAAAGAGCCGAAGAGAGUGCCAAAGCUUUAAAGAUCACCAUGGAAAAUCUCAUCGCCAAGCGAGAUUUGCGCGUGGCAGAGAUGACCAAGGAGAUAAGAGAAGUCCAGACCGAGUACGAGACUAACUUCAGGCUGAUGACAUUGGAGAAAAUCAAACUGAACAAGGAGAAAGUGGAGUUAGAGAAUCGACAAAAGCAACGGCAAGGAAAAUCGGGCUCAAAGGCAGCGGCCAGUACCCAGGAAGCUGACCCAGGACUGCCUGGACAACGUCCAGAGGCGGGAGAGGGAGAUAUCCCUGCCGCGAAGAUUGGAGUAUCGGUUUCUAUGAGCAAGUCUUUCUACAUCUUGCAGAGCCCUCUUUGCUGGAGUUGCAACGAGGUGGAACUGCAGGAGUUCCAUAAUGGCAAACGCAUGGAACUUGGAUGUUUGAGCGCAGUUAGCGACCAAAGGACAGCAUGGAUCGCUCGUUAUGACACCAACGACUGGAGAUGGUCUGCGGGAUUUGAACGACAUUACCCCUUCCUAGCCAAGUGUAUCAAAUCUUACGGCCUUGAUGCGGUCAAGCUGUGUGCACUUGGCCCCACCUACCAUUACUACACCAGAUGGAAAGAGUUUCGUUUGUACAACUGUUCAGAAACGUUCUCCAGGACGAUAAAAAAGAUAAAAAACAGCAACUGUUGGGUCAAGGCAGUGUGUUUUGGCUACGGAAGCUCGUUCCUCGUCUCUUAUGGUUUUGAGCAUGGCCACCUUGGCUGGACACAUGACCUCUAG